CUGGCUUUCGGACCAGUGGCUGCUUGCCCAUCGGCGUGGGGCGUUCAGACCCGCGGUAUUUAAGGUUUUACACCGCCCUCUUCUCCGCCCAUUUGACUCUUUUGGAGCCCAGACGGUCUAAGCCCAGGCUCCAUCCUUCUCCGUCCCCGCCGAUCCUGGCGGCUUCGCUUUUUCUUCGGCUCCUGCUCACUUCGCUCGGCUCGGCGCGGCGCUCAUCGGUCCUAUUCCAGGAUAAGUCCUUCGGCGGCGGCGGCGGCCGCUGCUACUCCGGCGGCGCAGGUCCCCGGAUCCCAGUGGAAAUCCGGUGCUCGGCGGUUCGCCCCCGGGCUUUACAGCCAUCUGCGGCGGUCCAGCUGACCCUAGACCGGGCCCCUGUGCUCGCCAUGCCCGGCACCGUGGCCAGUAGCAAGUCCCGGGUGUACGCCGACGUCAACACUGUAAAGAACCGGGAGUACUGGGACUACGAAGCUCAUGUGCCGAGCUGGAGCAACCAGGACGACUACCAGCUGGUCCGUAAACUCGGAAGAGGGAAGUACAGUGAGGUCUUCGAGGCCAUCAACAUCAAUAGCAAUGAGAAAGUGGUGGUGAAAAUCCUGAAGCCAGUUAAGAAGAAGAAGAUUAAGAGGGAGAUCAAGAUCCUGGAGAAUCUAAGAGGAGGAACCAACAUCAUCCGGCUGGUGGACACCGUGAAGGACCCCGUGUCUCGCACCCCGGCACUUGUGUUUGAGUGCAUAAAUAACACAGAUUUUAAGGAGCUGUACCAGAAGUUGACAGACUAUGAUAUUCGGUUUUACAUGUGUGAGCUUCUCAAGGCUCUGGACUACUGCCAUAGCAUGGGUAUCAUGCACCGAGAUGUCAAGCCUCACAACGUAAUGAUCGACCACCAGUUGCGCAAGCUGCGUCUGAUCGACUGGGGCCUCGCUGAGUUCUACCACCCAGCACAGGAGUACAACGUCAGGGUGGCGUCGCGUUACUUCAAGGGUCCAGAGCUUUUGGUGGACUAUCAGAUGUAUGACUACAGCCUGGACAUGUGGAGUCUGGGCUGCAUGCUGGCCAGCAUGAUUUUUCAGAAGGAGCCCUUCUUUCACGGGCAGGACAACUGCGACCAGCUGGUCCGAAUUGCCAAGGUCCUGGGCACAGAUGAGCUCUUUGGAUACCUGCACAAGUACCACAUCGAGCUAGACCAGCGCUUCAAGGACUUGUUGGGCCAGCAGACACGGAAACGCUGGGAGCAGUUUGUACAGUCAGAGAACCAGCACCUGGUGAGCCCUGAAGCCCUGGACCUGCUGGACAAGUUGCUGCGAUAUGACCAUCAGCAGCGGCUGACGGCCACCGAGGCCAUGCAGCACCCCUACUUCUACCCUGUGGUAAAAGAUCAGUCCCUGUGUGGCUCUGAUGGAUCUUCAGCGCCCAGUGGCUCCACGACGGCUCGAUGAGAGCAGGAAAACUGUUACCUCAACACCCCUUUGUGGCGGAAUCCUCUUCAAGUAUACAGAGACUGGAGCAGUACACUUUCAACUGUAACUAUACACACAGACCCAAAAGGAGAGAGACAACCUCAUUCUAUGGUUGGCUUACCCCAGUCACAUGCCUGGCUGCCAGACCAAUGAGCUUGGAGAUGUGCAUUGCCAGCCCUGCCCCUUACUCCCAACCUACCCAAAUUUAGGUCAAGAAGUGUUUGAAUCCCGCGUCCUUGGUUUCCUGGACCUGCCUGUAUAGACACGCAUGGAGAAUUGAGGAUGUACUUGCUGGCUGUGGUGGACCUCUUUCUGCUAUAUCUGGAGUAAUAAUAGAAAUAAUGAUAUAAAGAAGAAUAAAUGAUUUUUAUUUAGA